AUGUCCGAAGUGGACCGAGCAAAGGUGUGGUCGCUGAAGGUCACGGCUGGGAUGGGAGAAUCCAGCCGAAGGGUCCCUGACCCUGCAAGAGAUAACCAGCGUUUGGUGAUGCAGUUGAUUGACACCCUCCAAGACAAGCUGGAGCAUGCCUGGGAGGAUGCAAAGAUUGCCCGGGAGGAGGCGAAGCUUGCUGAGCUGAAACAGCAGCAGAGCGAAGAAUAUGAAAAGAGGGUUGCUGAAGCCAUUCAGACCUUCUGCUCGGCUAUGGAGAAGGAACUGGAGCUUAAUGAGCAGAAGACUUCUUCCUCCAAACUCUCAGAAGAGUUGGAAAAAUCUAAAAAGGAUUUGGAGGAGAGUCAAAAGAAGUUAGCUGACGCUGAAGCCUUACUCCAAGUCCGCCUCUACACCCAAGAAGAGUAUGAGAUGGGCUACAUAAAUGGGUUUAAGGUGGCUCGGAGGUAUGCUCUCCAUGCUGAGCCUUCGCUGGAUUGGUCCAAGUGUGCGCUUUGGGCUCAGGACCCCGAAGAUCCGCACAUGCUGUAUGCCACUCCUACCGAGCAUGAGAUCCUUCAGGCUGAACAAGCCGAGGAGGAAGUUGAGCGGCAGGAGUUGGAGGCUGAACAGCGAGCUGCUGAAGCUCAGGCAAAGGCCUAA